AUGAGCGCAAUCGUAGAUGACAAGCAUGAUGUCCAACAUGUGGAGGAUGGGAACAACUCCCUCAAGCUGGACAAUGUCGAGCCAACAUAUAUUCCCGAUACCAUCGAGGAAAAGCGUCUCGUAAGAAAGAUCGAUCGACACUUGCUACCCAUGCUCUGGUCCAUGUAUGUCUUCAAUUACCUCGACAGAACCAAUAUUGGUAACGCCAAGACCGGAGGAAUGCAAAAAGAUCUCAAACUCACUUCUUCUCAGUAUUCGCUUGUACUAUCUAUUUUCUUCGUCCCUGCCGAACUGUCCAAACGUAUUGCUUUAUUCUACACCGCAUCUUUGGUUUCUGGCGCGUUCGGUGGUCUGCUUGCUGGUGGUAUCAUUCAAGGAUUAGAAGUCAUGACCGUCCCUAUCUAUAUCGUCGCUUUAAUCAUCUCCGUUGGUUGCGGAUGGAACGCGGACAGAACCGGACAAAAGGCUUAUCACGUGUUGGCAGCUUGUUGUUGGGGUGUAAUCAGUUUCGUAAUUUGUGUGACAGUGCACAACAACGCCGUCAGAUAUGCGUUCAUCUGUUUCGGUGGUGCAGGAAUCUGGACUGGUGUGCCACUUUUCCUCAGUUGGAUGGUCACCAUGUUUGAUGGACGAGAAAAACGAGCUAUUUCAAUCGCUUUAAUCAAUGGUGUCGGUAAUUUGUCUUCAGUCUACGGUUCCUUCUUCUGGCCUGCUAGCGAUGCUCCUCAAUACAAAAAGGGUUUCGCCAUCACUUCCGGUUUAAUGGGACUUGCUGGUGUAUUGGUCAUCAUCACCAAAUGGAGAUACCAAGAUCGGGGUGUUGCUGGUAUUCCUAAACGAUAA